UCUUAUAAAGUAGUUGGCCUUGAGUAGAUUGCUGUGUUUUGAUUUGUUUUGUACUUUUGUGUAUGCUUGUGUUUGAGUUCUUCACAACUUAUGAUCAAAGUUUGGUGAGUUUGGUGAUUGGCAUUGUGGGUUUCUUCAAAAGGUUGAAACUUGAUAUAUAUUUUUUGUUAAUUUUGAGUCUUUCUCGAUGCUUCAUAUUCUGUUUUUGUGUACCAAGUUGAUAUGUAAUUGUGAGGACCAUCGUGUUGAUUACAGAAAUUUUGAGUGCUAUUAAUUUGAAGCAUGAAGAUGCUAUGUAGAAUUUUGUGUUUGAAAUGGAAAGUAUGAACUUUGUGGUUUUCUGAUGUCUCUAUGUCCAGGCUAUACAUCCUUCAUGAGUAUUGAUUGAGGCUUGCGUACACCUGUGCCUGCCUCCCUCAUGAGUUCAACAGUUUCGACACCUAGAGGGAUACUAUCACCCACAAGGCUCGGCUCGUAUGGACUGCCUGAUGCUGGGCCGUCUGGUUCUUUUACCCGGCUUGAACCGGACUUCAUUGAUGCUGACGAAACUGAGUUGCACUCUGUGUCCUGGAAUCAAGACUAUGGUUGCUUUGCGGCAGGCACAAGUAAUGGUUUUCGUAUUUAUAACUGUGAGCCUUUCAAAGAGACUUUUAGACGGGACCUGAAAAGUGGUGGGUUCAGAAUUGUUGAGAUGUUGUUCAGAUGCAACAUUCUCGUACUUGUUGGUGGUGGAGACAAUUCCCAAUAUCCACCAAACAAAGUAAUGAUUUGGGAUGAUCAUCAGAGCCGAUGUAUUAGUGAGUUUUCAUUCAGGUCUGAGAUUCGUGCAGUAAAGUUAAGUCGUGACCGCAUAGUUGUGGUUCUUGAGCACAAGAUAUAUGUUUACAGCUUCAUGGAUCUGAAGCUGCUGCAUCAGAUAGAAACAUUAUCAAAUCCCAGGGGAUUGUGUUGCCUUUCGCACCAUCAAAAUACAUCUGUGCUGGCUUGCCCAGGCCUUCAACGGGGACAAGUUCGAAUUGAACAUUUCGGGCUAAUCAUGACAAAUUUAAUCAAUGCUCAUGAUUCUCAUAUUGCAUGCUUUACCUUAACAAUGGAUGGGCUACUUCUUGCAACUGCUAGUACCAAGGGUACUUUGAUAAGAAUCUUCAACACAAUGGAUGGGACUCGCUUACAAGAGGUACGUAGAGGAGUGGACAGAGCAGAUAUUCAUAGUAUGCUCUCACCAAAUGUUCAGUGGUUGGCAGUAUCAAGCGACAAAGGUACUGUGCAUAUAUUCAGCCUCAGAGUUAGAGGAGUUGGGAUGAAUUUGUCUACUCAUUCGAAUGCUUCUCAAGGGCCAGCGCUUUUCCAACAGAAUUCUUCAAAUUCAUUGGAGUCUCUUAUUGCUCCAAACACUGGAGCCAAUUCUAGUUCAUCAUUGUCGUUCAUGAAAGGGGUUUUACCUAAAUAUUUUAGCUCAGAGUGGUCUUUUGCUCAGUUCCGCUUACCAGAAGACACACAAUUCAUUACUGCCUUUGGCUCUCAAAACAAUCUCAUCAUUUUAGGCCUGGAUGGGAGCUUUUACAGGUGCAGUUUUGAUCCAGUGAAUGGAGGUGAGAUGUUGCAACAGGAAUAUGUACGGUUUCUGAAAACAGAUAGUAGACCAAGAUUUUGAUCAUGUGUACAUAUUGAUUUAUCAGUUGAAUGUAAAUAUUUGAUUAGUA